AAGGGCACGGCAUGCUCGCCUCCUCUAUAAAAGCCCAGCCCCCGGCCUUCCCAGUUCCACGCCACAGCAAGCUCCAACCAGGGAUCAGAUCACACAGAGAGCAAGCUCUCCUGCUUUCAUCACAUCUCUUCAGUUCAUCAAGCAAAAUGGGGAGUGUGAGGAGCCAAGGCAAGCAAGGGGGGAGGGUGAGCAGAGCUCUGAAAGAGAACAGAGCCAGGCUCUACAUCAUCCGUAGGUGCAUCGUCAUGCUCCUUUGCUGGCAUGACUGAGCUCCAAGCUGCAUUCUCCUCCAUGGAACCCAUCAAGUCAAAGGGUCCAUGCAUGGAGAAGUCACACUUAGAUAGGGAAGUAUCAUCAGUUAGUUAGGAGUAGAAGUAGAAGCUAGGAAGGAACUCCCAUGCAUGCUCAUGGCAUAUUGCUCUCAAGAAAGCUUGGUAGACUAGACAUUCCAUCAGUUGUUUCUUUACCAUGAGUUAUUAGUAUUUAUUUUUCCAUUUUUUCUCCACCUGUUUUCCCAUCUGCCAUCCCUUAGGCAGUGGGAUAUGCGGCUGUUGUAUCUUUUUGGACAUGUUGUGUACUGUACCCAUGCAUGGUCUGAUAGAGAUGAUCCAGUGAAAGAAUCAAAGCCGAACAUGGACUCUUGUCCUUCUACUAUGAAAUGAAUACAUAUUAUAUCUUCUUUCGUUGUGGAGGUCAUACAACUUGAGCUGUCGAUAAACUUUUAAUCCUGAUAUGCAUGUCUCGCUAUA